AACAGCUAGAUUGACAAUACAAAGAUGUAUAAUUUUUGACAAUACUGAAUCAUUAGCUAAGGAUUAAUUAGUUAGUUCCUGUACGUACAUGUAUUUUUCCCUUAAGUUGUUAAGUGUUCACGUGAAAUAGUACAUAUACACACUGUUUCAUUGUGAAAUGAAAAACAAUACAAUUAUUGGUCAUCGACUCUUUUUUUGUCAGUGCACCUGCAUGCAAUCAUUACACGGUAUAUAAACAUAUGUAUGACUGUACUUUUAAUCAUUUGAUAAUUAAUUAACUCAUUCUUUACUAAUAUUCCAGAAUGUAAUGACUCUAGGAAGUAAAAACUAAUGGCCGUUUUCUUUUUUCUUUUGAGUUUGUUACUUGGAUCCUCAACCUAUGGUUACAGAUACAAUUACGGAUAUUCCGAUAACAUGUUAAGUACGCCCCACCCUUUUGUGGGAAAUCUACUUAUGCCAGCUGAUCUUCUUCUAACUACAUCCAUUCUUCCCGCCAAAACCGAAAUGAAGGGAAUCAACUAUAAUUCAGACGAUGUCAUGUCAUUUAUGACUUAUAUGUUCUACCCUAAAGACUUCACCAUGACUUCCCUCGCCACAGCUAUAAUUGAGCAUCGUCCAUCAAUGAAGAAAAUAUUCUUGGCCAGUAUGUCCAAAAGGAAGGAAAUCCCAGGAACAAAUUUAUCUGUGUUUGACGAUGAUAUGUAAAGGUUUAAGAUAUACAUUUAGAAGAAGGAAA